AUUUCGUGGCCGCCUCGCUCGUCGCCUCUUCUUUUCUUUUCGAACCCGACCUUGCUUUGUCGCCUUUGCGCCCCGUAAAAGGGGAUCCCGUCACCUGCGCCCGCCUCGUGCAGCGACCUUAGCGCCAGCCUGGACCCUUGCCGAAGCCCCAACGUUCAAUAGGCAUCCUCGCUGCGAUCGCACCCGGAGCAGCAGACGCUGGCCAGCGCCAUCCUUGGGCCGAGUCAUCCUGACCUUCGUAUAACUUGCACCUAUACGGACCGUGGCACGAUCCGAGAAGAACGCCCGGUGUGCUCCUCCAUCGUCCCACGCGGCAGAGCGCUUUGCGGCCGGCAUCCAACUCAACCCGAACGCAGCAAGGCUGACCGCUGCGGAAGUGCACACAAUGGUGAUCAAGCGAUUCUCGAACAUGCUGGGAAGCCGGCACGGCUCGAACCCCUUCUCGAGGAGCCGCGCGACGGAUGCGGCGGAGCCUGAUCCGGUCGUCAACUACAGCGAGGACUCACCCGAGGGCAGCGCCGUCAAGGCUGUGAAACUCUUCUGCGAGUCGGACGGUGCGAACGAGCAGGGCGAGGAGGUGCUGCAUCUACCCACCAUCGUAGAGGCUGCCGAAUCCAGCCCAGCGGCCGCUCAGGUGGCCGCGCAGCAGAUACGCAAGUUCCUAGGCAAAGACUACUACAACCGACCGCACGUGCAGUACAACGCCGUCAUGCUGAUCAGAAUCCUCUCCGAGAACCCGGGUGCCACGUUCACGAGGAACAUCGAUCAGAAAUUCACAGGCGCAGUCAAGGAGCUGCUACGGAACAACAAGGAUCCCAGCGUGCAGCAGAUCAUGAGGGAGACGUUGCAAGCGCUGUACAUGGAGAAGGCGUACGAUACCAAUCUGGCGACCCUUUUCGCAAUGUGGAGCAAGGAGAGUGGCAUGAACAUCUCGCAGUAUACCCGCGCCAGUGGCGCCGGUCAGCACGUUGGCCAAGGUCGUAGCAUGCAGCAACAGCCUGUUCCGCAGAACGGCUCGUACGGCAGGUCGAGAGAAACUACCCUGCCGCCUCCUGUCGAGCUUGCCGCACGAAUAGAAGAGGCAAAGACGUCGGCGAAGCUGCUUCAGCAGCUCGUUCAGUCCACGCCCCCGAGCGAGCUUCAAACCAACGAGCUGAUCAAGGAGUUCGCGGAGCGGUGCCAAAACGCGCAGAGAAGCAUGCAUGGCUUCAUGAACUGCACCAACCCGGUGCCAGACGAUGAAACUAUGCAGACUCUGAUCGAGACCAGCGAACAGCUCAGCCUUGCCGCUAGCAAGCACCAGCGCGCCGUGCUGCAAGCGCGAAGAGCAGGCCAUUCCGCAUCUCCUGCGCAGCCGGAGAAUGGCUACGUUCCUCCGGCAGGGCCCCCGCCGUCGCAGAACGUUCCAAACACGGGCUAUUCAAGUGCCAAUGCCGCACCUUCCUCUACCUUCACUCCCACAGCGACGCAUGACCUGCAAGCCUACUCGCCUCCCCCAGCGCCGCCGGCCGCCAUGCGCGACAACCUACAAAGGCGAUCCACAGGCGAGUACCCCCCCUCCUCGAUGGGCGCGCAGCCUCCAUCCCUCAAGCCUGCUGGCCCUCCAAGGCUUCCGCAGGUAGCUACAGAAGAAGACCCUUUUUCAGACACCAACGUCUAUAAUGCGCCCAGGGAUCCACCCCCGGGUAAACCCUCUUCCAUUGAACCCGUCUCCGCAUCUUCCUACGGCGAAGAAGGAGAGUACGAUCCCUACCGCACCACGCAUCCUGCCGCUGCUAUCGUAGCCGCCCGCGCCGCGCGUCCCGCGGCCCCUUCGGAGCCAGCGGAAUCCUGGCGCGACAAGAGCCCCGGCAGCCAAGGAAGCUACAACCCGGGGUACACGUCCACGCCGAGCUACGUGAGGAGACAAGAGAGCGGAGGUGACCACCUAACCAUGCACGGUGCGGGAAUUGAAGAUGCCCUGCCGGAAGAGAGAAUCACGCAGAGCGCGGGGCGGUACGGACGGGUCAGCCCGGACGAUACCCGCGAUGACGCAAGUCGCCUAGACAGCCUCCGGGGGGACGUGAGUCCUUUAGAGAGCAGGCAUAGUGGGCCGCUGGGAUCAGCGACUGGUCAUAGGUCCUAGAACGGCCCAGGUGAUUUUGCGCGGAUGGUUUGGUUUCGAUGUGAAUCUAGUCAAAGAAAGCAUCUCUUGGGGCGAGGAUUGUCUGCUAUGUGUUGUUCAUUUCUCGAAGUGGCUUUUCUAAAAGAGGUAUACUCCCUUUUGCAGGUUGAACAUUUGUGUCUCUCUUGUUUGCGCAGCAGAAAGAUUGGGACGGAGGUACGGUAACGACGCGAGUGUGGAGGCUUGAAAAGAAAAGAAAUGCUAUGCUUUUUUCAUCG